AUGACUGCCCUUAAGUAUUUCCUCUGGACCCACAUCCCAAAUCCAGAUGCCAUAGCCGGAAAAAGCAACAACAUGUCGCUCUCUCUCUCCGGGAAAAAGCUGGGAAAGAAGAUUAGUUCAGUCAAAAUGCUGGCCAAGAAAGUGAAGGCGAGGGGAGAAGCUGAGCACAAACACGAAGACGAGUCGUCGCAGCACGUAAGUUUGCUGCCGGCGGCUUGCAGAGAAAAGCCCCUGCCCCCCUCCGCCGCCGACGGCCCGACGCCGACGGGGAUGUUGCUGGAGAAGGCUCACGAGGAGUUUGGGUUCGAUCAGGCUAGCGGGCUGGCGGUUCCUUGCAGCGUCAGCGUUUUCCAGGAAAUAGUCACCGCCGUCGAGCGCAGCCCUCCCAAGUUUGAUUUUGGAGACUCACUGGAGGAGAUUAUUGCCAAGUAUAGGCAUUGA